AAUAAAAAUUUCCAAGAUUCAGACGAAUUAAAAAAUUAUUCCCGCCAUGGGAGAAAAUGCAAGUUUUUGGGAAAGUUUGAUAUAUGCACAUCCUACCUGUACCACCUGGAAGCAGGAGGCAGAGGGAUCUAUCUACCACCUAGCCAGUAUUCUCUUUGUUGUGGGCUUCAUGGGUGGAAGUGGAUUCUUUGGGCUUCUCUAUGUCUUCAGCUUGCUUGGAUUGGGCUUUCUUGGCUCUUCUGUUUGGGCUUGGCUAGAUGUCUGUGCUGCUGAUAUAUUCUCCUGGAAUUUUAUACUGUUCGCUAUAUGCUUCGUCCAGUUCAUUUACGUUACCUACCAAGUUCGGAGUGUUUCCUUUGACAAAGAAUUCCAGGAACUCUACAGCGCACUCUUCCAGCCUCUGGGAAUUUCCUUGACUGUCUACAGGAAGAUCGUCUUGUGCUGUGAUGCAGAAGUGGUCACCCUGGAGAAGGAACAUUGUUACGCCAUGCAGGGCAAAACACCUAUUGAUAAACUGUCCUUGCUUGUGUCAGGCAGGAUCAGAGUGACAGUUGAUGGGGAGUUUCUGCAUUAUAUUUUUCCUCUUCAAUUUCUGGAUUCUCCUGAAUGGGAUUCACUGAGGCCCACAGAAGAGGGAAUUUUCCAGGUAACACUUACAGCAGAGACAGAUUGUCGGUACGUGGCCUGGAGGAGAAAGAAGCUGUAUCUGCUGUUUGCUAAACACCGUUUCAUCUCCCGCCUGUUCUCAAUUUUAAUUGGGAGCGACAUUGCUGAAAAACUGUAUGCCUUGAAUGAUAGGGUGCAGGUGGGGAAAGGCUUUAGGUAUGACAUUCGGUUACCGAACUUCUACCACGUCUCGCUGCCAGAGACCCCCCCGGUGCAGCCCUCCCACCGCCUCCAGAGAGGGUCCCCCCGCCGCCAGCCCGUGGGGGUUACAAACUGCAGCUCCUUCGGCUCACGGUCCUAG